GGUAGAAUUGAAAUUCACCUACCAAAUAGUUCAUGAAAAUAAGAAAAAAUCACUUAUUUUGAGACAACAACCAAAUUCUAAAAAGACUGUUAAAAUGGGACGGAGGGAGUAUUAUUACUAGACCACUGCAUUUGUUUUCGUUGAUCCCUAAAGAAAGAAAUCAUCAUGGAAUCUGAGAGUGUAAAGCAGAUAUCUGAAUGCUUUAUCAAAGCUUGUGAUUUUCCAGAAAAUUGGAAACCAACUAUACAGUUGACACCAUCUGAUCUUGGUUUGAUGUCUAUUCAUUACAUCCAGAAGGGCCUUCUCUUUAAGAAACCCCCAGGACUCCUUUCAAAUGCUCAAGAAUGCUCCGCUUUUCUGGACAGGCUGAAACAAGCCCUUUCUGUUACACUCUUUCAUUUCUAUCCACUGGCCGCUCGCCUCGCUACCCACAAAACUCAACAUCCACACUCCUAUGUGGUCUAUAUAGACUGCAUCAACAGUCCUGGAGCCAAAUUUGUACACUCCAGAGUUAAUUUAAGUGUAUCUGAUAUUCUAUCGCCAACUUGUGUGCCUCGUGUUGUGGAACAUUUUUUCGACCAUUACAAGGCUGUCAACCAUGAUGGUCACACCCUGUCCUUGCUGACGCUUCAGGUCACCGAGCUCACUGAUGGUCUAUUCAUCGGGUUUUCACAAAACCACUGCGUGGCUGAUGGCACCUCUUUUUGGCAAUUUGUCAAUGCUCUGUCCCAAGUGUUCCAGGAUGAGAAAAUAGCAGCUCUCAACCCACCUUAUCUCGAACGUUGGUUUCCUGAUGGAUGUGGCCCCUUAUGUAGCCUGCCUUUCACUCAUCAUGACCAGUUCAUCAGCAGAUCAUACGAAGCUCCUGAGCUUGUAGGAAGAAUCUUUCAUUUCUCUGCCCCGGCUUUAGCAAGAAUAAAAUCAAAGGCAAAUGCUUGUUGCAAGGACAGAGGCGUCAAUGUGUCGACUUUGCAAGCCUUAUCGGCUUUAGUCUGGAGAUGCGUGAUACGUGUUCGCGGGUUACAAAAAGAUGAUAUGAGCAGCUGUAACACAUCUGUGAAUAUGAGGUCACGAUUACAGCCACCCCUGCCACCCAAUUAUUAUGGGAAUUGCAUUCAGACAGUGGGAGCGGUGACUACAGCGGGUGAGCUGCUGGAGAAUGAUUUAGGCUGGGCUGCUGCACAAUUAAGCGAAGCGAUCGCUAAGCAUGACAACAAGGCUGCGAGGGAGAAACUUAUGAAAUGGGUGAAAAAUCCUUCCAUCUACCAAAUCGGGAAAUUAGUGAAUCCUGGGCUGGUUAUGUUUGGGAGCUCGCCAAGGUUUAACAUGUACGGAAAUGAAUUUGGAAUGGGAAAAGCGUUGGCGGUUUUGAGUGGACAUGAUAACAAGUUUGAUGGCAAGGGGACUUUGUACGAGGGCCACCAAGGCGGAGGUAGCAUAGAUGUGGAUUUGUGCCUCACUCCUCAUUCCAUGAUGGCUCUGGAAAGAGAUGAGGAGUUCUCAGACGCUCUCCAUUAUUUCUGAGGAUCAAAUCAUCUGCUGACAGACACAACUGUAACCUAAUCAUUGAUGUGAUGUAUCGUUACAUGUCUUCUUCACCCUUGUUACUCUAUUUACUGCAAUAUUUAUGCUACAAUUUCUUAUUAAAUGCAAAAGGGGAUCAGUUUAUCAA